AAGCCAGCAUCACCAACACACAGCACACAACGCUCAUAGCAAUUCCUGCCUGUUUCUUCCCGCAGGCAAAAGGGAAAAUCAACUCUCUUUCACCACAGUUUUCAAGUGGAAUGUUAAGACCACAACUUAAUUAGCACUAGAGAGUAGCAGAAAAGAGAGAGAGAUAGAGAGAUGGGGAGAGCUCCUUGCUGUGAUAAAGCCAACGUGAAGAGAGGGCCAUGGUCGCCUGAAGAAGAUGCAAAGCUUAAGGACUUCAUUCACAAGUAUGGCACUGGUGGGAACUGGAUUGCUCUCCCUCACAAAGCUGGGCUAAGGAGAUGUGGGAAGAGUUGCAGGCUGAGAUGGCUGAAUUAUCUGAGGCCAAACAUAAAGCAUGGUGAAUUCUCUGAUGAAGAAGAUAGAGUCAUCUGCACUUUAUAUGCUUCUAUUGGCAGCAGGUGGUCAAUAAUAGCAGCCCAGUUACCAGGAAGGACUGAUAAUGAUAUCAAGAACUACUGGAACACCAAGCUGAAGAAGAAAGUGAUGGCAAUGAUGCUCAUUAACAACAACCCUUCUUCUUCUUCUUCAUUAUCAUCAUCAAGGUCAUCUCCAAUGGUGUUUUCCUCUUCUUCUUCAUCCUCUAUUGCCCCUCCUCAUCUCCUCCACCCACAACAACUCUCAUUUUCUGGGCUUGAUGAACACCAGUCCCUCUCUGCAGCCCAGAACCCAUAUUUCUUGUAUGAUAAUAACAAUAAUGGCAGUGAUUAUCAGUCCUAUCCCUACAAUUUUCAAACCCAAGAUCAGGGUUUCUCCAAUCUCAUGCAAUUUGGUGGUGAAAGUAGCAAUAAUAAUAAUUUGCUCAUGUUUGGUGGGACUGAGGCCAGUGGCUCCUCAUCUGAUGGUAUUUGCAGCUAUGGAAGCAAACCAGAAAUCAAGCAAGAAGCUGAUGAUCAUCCCCUACUAGGGGCCACAUGUUUCCAAUCCACAAAUGCCCAUUCUUGGGACAACAACAAUGGAGGGUUUGAUCAUCAUCAUCAAGACCAGAUGAAUAAUAAUACUGGGUAUUUUGCUGGGAACAAUGAUCUAGACAUUGUUAGGAAGCUAGUUAGCAGUAGUAGUUGUAAUGACAACAUUUGCAACAACAAUAACAGCAGGUUAAUGUUGUUUAAUGAUAUUAACAAGACAGAUGAGAGGGGGAUGUUGUACCAGUGCUACUACUACUGAUUGUACCUGUCAUAAAGAAGAAGAUUUGGAGGGGCGUGGGGGGUAUGGCUGAUUAUUCACUCAGAAGAUUUCUGAGAAGGGAUGGAAGAGAGCUUAGCUUCAUCAGUUUCUUGGGUUCUGCGUAUGUAUUCUGAUUCUGAUGGGAUUUGAAUUGAAUGAAUGAAUGAAUGAAAAUACUCCUCCUUUACUUUGACAGUA